AUGGCUCUGUACAGACCACUCUCAGACGCGUUUCUGCCAUGCUGGAUACCUUCUCGCCAAAACCGCACACAUCCAUCACACAGCAUCGAACCGUUCCUAGACCAGCUUGUUGCCACACGGCCAGCGGCGUCCGUCGACAUGUGCCGGCACCAUCCCGGCCGGCCCCCAAUUAUGUUCCAUUGGUCCCUUAGCCUCCCCUUUCGACGCUACCUCCCAGGCAAAGUCUUGUCUACGUCUGUCACAGGCUAUCCUAGCGCAACGACUUACACGAUCCAUGAUCAAACGCUUCUUAUCCACCGUCUAUUUUCCGCUGUUCCCACCUGCGAUAGCCCAUCUUUGCUCUCCAAGGAAGGAAGGGAAAAGACACAAACGGCAGGUUCCACGGGGAUGAAUAUGAAUCCCGAAUCGAACAAGGUCAUGGUCACUGUGUUAAAUGGAGCCGUCGAGCCUGUUGCCAAACAUGGACCAGUGAGCCUGUCUACUUCGAGUAACCCGGAGCGCUGGGUCGGAGUCCUGCGAGACACGAAAGGCUGGUCAAGCUGGCUGGCUGCUGAGAGGCUGGUUGGCGGCCGCAGGCCAAUCGCAGGCGUCAUUUAUGCGACCAUCGAUGAUGCCUCCGAGCAAACGUACAGUACUCAGACAUAUUGGAGGCUGCUACUCCAACUCGCCCCCUCCCCCCAGGGCUUGUCCGCAGAUGCGAGCCGCGAGCGAUUUGAGCUCCGCAAGAAGCGCCGGCUGGCAACAACGUCAAAUCAGAAAAUCAACGUCAGCGAGCCACGAAUUGCCCAGAAUUAUUCUGUAGCGGUGGAUCCUACGCCAGACAUUUGGUGUCGGGGACAGGCCUGCUUGGCCACUCCAUGCUCCAUGUCAAGUCUAUGUACUGCACUCAUCGGCCGCUACCCGUCCUCGGCUGAGAAGACGAGCAAGAAGAAAAGCGAGGCAGAAUACUGCAUGGCUUUCCGAAGCGGCCGAGUCAACAGCAUAUCCCAAAUUUCAGACAGAAGGAAGGUAGGAGGCUACGGAAGGGGUUCCGAACUCUUGUGCACACAGCAGGAUAGAGAUGGAGGGAGAGGAGAUGCGCCUCGGACGAUGCCUGCUUCCUGCUUCGCUUUCUACGCAUAUGACGACGGUCAAGCACUCAGGGAACUCAAAGCGAGCUCAAGCCCGCAGCAAGGAAGGCGGUCAGGUCCUACAAUACUUGCAUGUCUGCUUUCGGGGUCCUGGGCUGGGUGCCUUACCCACGACGUUUACCUCAUGGUGGAGGCAAUGGCACGCUGGCACGGCUGGGAAUGGGAACACGGUGCAGCGAAUACAUGCAGAAGCGGAACAGAAGCAACACCCCACCGACGCCGGUCCACUCCGGAUCCGACGAAUGACAGUUUCGACAAUGGCACCCCCAAGGCCAAAGACGCAGCCAAGUCCAGCGUCGGGGCGCCAGAAUUCGCUCCCGCUCCGGAUGAAUUCACCGUCGCAUGGGGACAUGGCUCCUAUGUAUCCUUGGCUGGCUGGCUGGCGGAAGCAGAGGCUGGCAAAUCUCAAAGCUGCCCACGAACACCGCUCUUUAGCGCCGCAUACCUGGAUCCCAAUUUCGCCGACAUUUCUGACCUGUCUCAGAGGGGAGGACCGUUUGUAACGAGCAACCCAUCGUCACUACGGACACCUCGUUCUUGGGAGGAAAGGCGGUGUGGGACGUUUCUCACGGACACUUUACCUACCACGGCAGACGACCGCCCACGAUCUACAGCAAUUCCGAACAGAUACACAUACUCCCUGGCUCAUCAAGCACGGAACAUGGGCGCGUUUGAGAAGACCGAGGCUUUUCAUUUCGCCUGCAGACUGAUGAACGAGUUGCAGUUGGAAAAGAUCGACUUUGUCCGCAGCCGCGGAAAGCGAAAAACAGCAAACGCAUACUCCGUACUCCGUACACCGAAUGAUAUCCCAAAAUCUCAACACCAAAGUACCGCCGCAAACGGCGCCCCUCAAUACUCGAUGCAUCAUUUCCUCCUUGGAUUGGCAAUGCGCUGUACCAACUUUUCUGCCAUGUUUUCACCCCCAGACUGUGAUUUGACAGGCAACGUGGUCCAGGGCAAUGAGGUGCACAUGGGCUUCGAAGCGUGGCCGCAAGCUACCGGAUCUCUGCUGCACCCUCGAUGGUAUGACCCGCUGUUGACCUACGUGCUGCAUGUGAUGGCCGUGGCCAGAAGCAUCAUAUUGUACGAUUUCCCUCGCCGAUCUUGCUCAUCAAAACCGGCUUGCCACAAUUGUCUCCCCGCCGACCCGGCCAACUGCACGGAGUCCCGAACACUCCUCAUGUUACACGACCCGGCCGAGAUCGCGGAGACGGCUACGGUAACGUCAGCGUUUGUCCACCGUUCGGCCGGUGAACACAGGUAA